UCCACAGCAGGCACACCUGAGGAUGAGAACACAGACUGAAGAUGUGAAACCGGCUGGACUCUGUCCUUCUGUUACAUUAACCGUGACUAUCACCUCAUGACCCUACAGGAAUGUUCCUUUCGGUGGACAUGAGAUUGUUGGAUUGUUGAGAAGGAUGUAAGAUCUGUAGACGGAUGGUUUAAUGACCUUUCACAUCAGCUCCGGAUAUGCGUUCCCUAAGUGCCGUGGUGCUGUUUCUCUGUGUUACUGGAGUUUGGUGUCAUGAAUGUAAUCUGACGAAGCCGCAUUUUGAGUCCAGGAAUUUUCACCAUGUUCUUCAUUGGAAUGAAGCUGAUGUUCCGGGUGAAGUCGCUCUCUACAGUGUUCAGUAUCUCACGUAUGGUGGGCCGUACAAACCAGUGGCGUGGUGCCAGAACAUCUCAGUUCCUGUAUGCGACCUCACGUCUGUGAUGAUCGUGACUGACGUGACCACGAGAUAUCACGUCAAGAUCACUGCGGCUGGACGGUGUGUGGGAGAACUCCUGUUCUAUCCUUAUCAACAAACCAUUCUGGAAGCUCCAGAGUUAUCUGUAUCAUGGAAUGAAACUUCUCUGAACGUGACAGUUUCCCCUCCGAUGGAUCAGAACAUCGACUGCUGGGGAGUCUGUCAGCAUCCCAUGAAGUUCACUGUUAACCUGACUCAACCCAAGUUUCAUGCCGGAAGGGUGUACGAGAGCACGACAGGUUCAGUUCUGGUGUGGCCUGUGGAGACACAUACAGAAUAUUGUGGAGAUGCAGUUUAUUCCUUCACACAUCCCAGUUCACCUCGACAGAGUGAUAAAGCCUCAUUCUGUGUCACUGUCACAGCCCCUAAUUCCUGGUUUCAUGUCGUUCUGUUGCCUGCUCUUCUGGCCGUGGUCCUGCUCAUAAUCUUACCCAUGAUUCUCUGUCAACAGUCUGUGAAGAGAAAGCAUCUUUUGCCGAAAGCUCUCAUCCUGUCAAAGAACAACGCUCUUCCAUUUCGUCCGGAUGUCCGGGACGAAAUAUCCAAAGUGCAAUUGUGUUCGGGAUUCAUUGGAAACCUCCCAAAGCUUUAUCUCCAGGCCCCUGUGGUUCCGGAAGGGUCAAAGGUCACGGGUAAUUGGAGUAGUUAUGCGCCUCAGGACUCUCGUGAUCAGGAAGCGUCGACCCGCUGCUCGAGCGGUGAGCAUUCUGUCAACUACAGCAUGAUUGUGGGCGUCCAGACGCCGGACGCACCCUCGGCUGAUGUUGAGAGCUCAGAAUUAUCCGGUCCGGAGUUUGUCUGGCCCAGAGAACAUCAUAACGUUUCUAACUCGGAUACCCACAGCGAGCCUCUUGUGGUACCUGUUAUUCCCUCUGCCAAUGGUACGUUGCAGUUAAACGGAUUUUUAUUUCAGCCGGAUUCGGAGUCUCGCGCAUUCGGAGAGAGGACGCCAUUGCUGACGGAUCUCGUUGUUGAAGACUUGGGGUGUAAUUCAAAGUACCCGUCUGUAGAUGUUUCUGAGAUCUCCAAAUGUCUUUAUCCUGAUCUCACGCCGGUGGUGUCCAACUAUAGGCAGAACGGGAUGCCCGCGACACCUCUCGAGGGACAUGAGGGCCGGAGGACGUAUAUUCUGAGAACAGGUCACAUGCGGGGCUCAAGUGAAGUUCAGGAGGAGACGAAGGAAGAUGAAGAAGGAUUCAACGGCGGUCAGAAUUUUCUAGACAGAUGGAUGUUAAAAAUGGAAGGUUGAUGUCUGGAUGUUGCUCGGUUGGUGCUGGUCUGCCAUCUUUGCUCAUGGGCAUGAAGUUCAGGAGAUAAGCUGAGCCAAUCACACGAGCCGUAAAUGUCAUGUGACCAAUCACUCUGGAGCAGCGAAACGGACACCUGGUCAUGCGGAUGGUUUGAUUUUGCCAGUCUAAGGGUAGUAUUAGAAUCACACAAACUUUGAUGUCAUUUCUGCGGUUUUUGCAUCACCAGCUGGACUAGUUUUUCCUGAACUCUCUGUUUUCUGUUGGUUAAGCGAACAGAUCUCGCCCUAAACACAUGCUAUUGUGAUUUAAUAGCGGCACAAAGCGUUCAAACCUCAUGUGUGAAUGAUGCACGUUUAGUUUUUUGUCUGUAUGUUAAGCUGGAAUUGAAGGAAGUGUUUUAAAGGAACUGUUCAAAGCAAACACACAAAACUUCAGUCGUCAUUCACAUCCAAUGUGUUGAAUCCAAGUCAUGCGGGUUUGGAACGACACAAGGGGAUAAAAUGACGACGACAUUUUCUCUUUCCUGAAAAGACAAACAAAAUAUUUUAACAGGAUGCUGUUUUUACAUUUCGUGCAUGAGUGUAAAUAUUUGUAUUUGUUCUCCGGUGCACUUAGACUGAAUUAUAUUUAUCUGUAGCAUCGCCGUUUGUUCAAGCGUUGUCCUGUCCAGUCAUUUCAUGCGUCACACGUUCAACGAAUGAAUCACAAUUAUACAAACAUUUUAAUAAUAACAUUGAAUGUUGGUUUCAUUGUGUAUUUAAAGCUGCAAUCUGUAACAUUUUUAAGUUAAAAUCAAACAUGUUUGAGAGAUGAUGACAAGUAGGCCUACCAGAUUGCAGCUUUAAGCUUAAAUAACAUUUGUUAAGUCAAUUUUAAACACUGGAAUCUGUUUUUUAUCUGGUUUAAUCUGGAAUUAUUAAAAAAUGUUAGAGGUGGGCAUUAAAAAGCAAGAUGAAGGCAGCUGGUUGAUUCAAAGACUUUCCUUUAGAAACAAUCAUGAGCAAUAAGACCAAGAACGUGAAAAUGUUUCAGCAAAAGCGCUUUGUCAGUUUUACAUUUACAUGUUAAUUUAUGACUGAAAAUAAUCACACGCAGGACUUUCGAGACGUCAGCCAGUCUCUCGGAGCUCCUGAUAAACACAUCAUUCCAGUGAAUUUGCAUAUCCGUCAAAAGACUUGUUCCUUGAGUUUGUGUGAUAAACUUCAUAGGGUUUUUUUAUGUCAUCUGACUAUGAGGAAGUCCAACGGGAGAAUAAAAGCUCUUUGUUUCGAGAGAAAUGAACAUACACGACUCACUUCAGAGGUCAUGCAGACAUUCACUCGAGUCGGUUUGUGUCAUUCGGACAAAUGUGUUUUGGGAAGAUGCACAAAAAACGUCUGUGCUGUUAGAAACGUCACAAGACAUGUUUGCCACUCAGACAUGUUGAAACUGGCAUGGGUUUUUUUUUGUGUAUAAUAUAAUAAUUCUUCAAAAUUCUCGCCCUUAAGACGGCCAUUUUAUUCCAGUAACACCACUGGUGUUGAUGCUGCGUGUUUAACUGUACGUAUGUUUUCCUUAAAUCGUUUUUUAUUUAGGGUUAGUUCACCCUAAAAUCAAAAUUCAGUCAUCAUUUAUAUUCCCCCUCAUGUGGUUGUAAACUUCUAUGUGACUCUUUGUUCAAUGAUACACAAAAGAAGAUAUUUCGAGAAUUUGACAAUUGACGUCAGUGAGGGUUUCAUUUUGUUUGGUUAUUAACAUUCUUCAAAAUAUCUUCUUUUGUGUUCUGCAGAAACAGGUUUGACAUGACAUGAGGAUGAAUAAAUGAGAAAAUAAUUUUCAGUUGAGCUAUCCCUUCAUGAACAGUAAGUUGGUGUUGUAGUGCAUUAUUGGCAGUGUACUGUAUAACAUGGUUGAUGUUUAAACACAUUACAGAGUGCAAACAAGACAAAGGUCACAGUAUUGUAAAUAUCUGACAGCUCCAGUAAUAUAUGACGGAUGUUCGGUGACAUGAGUUCAACUGGAAUAUGAUGAUUGUUUUAUAGCUGUACAAUAAAUGUAUUUUUAUAAAACUUUGUUGUACAUUUUU